CGAGGCUAUGGCUGUGUUGACCGCUAAACUUAUGUUUCUGAACAUUUUUUCUUGCGUUCCGCAUGAAGUUGCAGCAUAGCCAUUGAGAUAAGUUUUCUGCUCCGAUUGUGCAGGAGUUAGAACAGAAACGCCAUUCGAUGCUGUCGACCAUGUUAAACGGAUAAACACGUAACACGUGCUUCCGAAAUGUCGUGCCGCGGAGACGCAAGUUUGAACGAUAGCGUGAAGAAAUGUGCCAGCAAACACUCGAAAGACCUUUUAAGAAGCGAAACGAUCUCACGUGAAGACCACAUUCGCUCCCUGGUCCAGUCCAGCGGACCACCGAAAACGUUUCAAGUGAGAAGCUCGGCCCUGGCACAGGCAAGGUCUUUCCUUCCGAAGCUGGCCGAGGCCGAAAGGACGAGGCUGGCUGCCGGUUGUGACGAUGGUGCAAACAUUGAGGCAGAAGAUGCCACCGGCGAAGGACCGUUCAUUGAAAUGAACCUCGCCUUCGCCGGUCCAGUGUCAAGCAGCGAGAGCUCCUCGGACUCUGAGAGUCCAGAGUCCGACUACGAAGCGGAGGAAGCCAGCCCGACCGUCCGAGUGAGGCCCUCUCGGAGAGGCACGACCGGCGGCUCGGCCCUCAUCAAGGAACUUCCACAGGUGGACGGUCAGGCCGAUGAUUCGUGAAUGUUCGUCUUGACAUUUUCUGUCUCGAGUGACAUGCGCCAUAAUGCAGCAAGCUUGCAUACUGCAUUGUGUAGGUGCCCACUUCUGGUGCGCAUGUUUAGACAAUUGCACUAACUUGUGCACUGCAAACUCUGAGCAAAAAUCUGGGAAGAAAAGAGUGUUUGUCACAAUUUUCUGCAUGAUUGACCGCACCUCAAACUUGCGCUGUGAAAACUGCCACCCUUCUUUAAACAUUAGUACAGUUCAGUGUCAGCAGUUUUGAACUGUGGCUGCGACCAUAUAUUAGUUUGUACAGCCAUACGAUGGAUGGUGGUUACCGUUCGUGUCUAUAAGGCUUCAACCUUUAGACAUUGUGAACCAUCAAAUGUGUAAACUCAUAAGAAAUACUUUGUGGUGGAGAACAUUUUCAUUUUUAUCUGUUAGAGCUGCAUCCCAUGAUUUUUGAUAAAUUACUUUCAUGCAAAACAGGGGCACGAAUAUCACGAUGAGCUGUAAGUGAUAGUUGUCAUUCAUUCUAAAAAGACAGGGCGUGCAAACACGGACACAAGAAAUAAGUCAGGACACCACAGUUUGUGGUGUCCUACUUCUUUCUUGUGUCCUGUGUUUGCAUGCCCUGUCUUUUUAAAAUGAAUACUUACCAACUAGCUCAGCUCUCUGUUAUUCAAAGUUGUCAUUUAAUUACAUUUGUGCCCUAUCAUGCAUAAAGCUGGCCUCUUUGGUGCCUCACUCUAUAAGACAUUUUAGAUAUCUUUUAGUGCAGAUGUAAUGGACUGAUUGGCCUCCACUUAUUCUGUCCAGUCAUGCUAGUUUUCACUUGACUGCUGUGGCUGUUGCAGUAAAGCCAGGAUUAAUGGGUGUGUCUGGAUACGCUGUUGGCUUGAUGUUAAAAGGGAAAGAUGGUUGAACUGAAAUAGUGAGUAAUGCUUCUGCAAUAUGAAGGAAGCUAUUAGUGCGAGAAAAGGCUUGUAAAGCCAUUAGAGAUGUGACAACAGGUGCUCCAUCCCGCAAGUUUCUCGCAAUAAGCUAUGAUGUCGCAUAUUUUGCUUGAAUCUAGUUGAUUGUUUAUGGGCAAAGAGUUAUUGCAUUAUAACAGUGCCAAAGAUUAAAUUUAGUGAGUGUGAAGAAGUGACGAGACAAACACUUCUGAGGUUGGGCUAGCGUGAAGAGAGAGAGCACUGCUAAGCAUAGGAAGUUGCCCCAUCAUGUUACAAUGUUGUCGCACAGAAAAUAUCGAUUCCUUUCACCGUACACGAUGUCAGAACAUGUGCCUAGUUUCUGUGAAUAAGUAGGAAUAUACUUUCUAUUUGGUUUGCUGUGUGAAACCACUUCAGUGCUGUUAAGAACUUCUUCACUUCUGGACCACCUGUGUGACUGCCUGUGCAUCAUUUAUUUUACACCUACUUCAGAGAGACUCAGAGAUGUGCAGUGCGAGUGGACACCUGAUAGUAUUAUGAGAUUGCAUUGUCCAAGAUAUUCAGUGUGGGUACAUCAGUGCACUGAUACUAGUGAUAUCUGCAAAGUGCAAAGAUGUAUUUCUAAAUAGUGCAAAUACAUCAUAGCAAUUCAUGUUUUUGUGUCAACCUGGAAAAGCAGUAAGCUGUGUCAAAGGUAGCCGCUCAUAGGUGUCGUCAGAAGUUUUCUUGUUGUGUCAUCAUGAUGGAGUAAGCAUGUGUUUAUAUACGUACCGCAAUUACAUCAUUCUAAUGCGCAGCCACUUUUUGUGACUUCAGAGUAUGAAAAUAGAAGUGCACCUGCCUCUGAUGGUCAUCUGAUUUUUACUAGAAAACUGUGGCAUGCACCACAGUGGGAUGAAAGUUAGAUGACUACAAUUUACAUUCGUAGAACGGAACAUUUAUACUGCUGGCCUCUCUUAUCCAGUUUCUGCUGACUUUAAAAUCUUUGGAAUAGACCUUGAUCGCAUGCUAGUUCAGGAGUCCUUGCCUUCAGUAGUUUGGUCUUCAGUGGCAUGCCAUUUGCAUGGCACUGCUUCACAAAGUCUGCAGAGUUGUCUUCCAAGUCCAGAUACGUUCCCUGGUUGACGUGUAGCUAAACAUCUCCUCCCUUUGUUUGUGCCAUUCAUGAACUCGAGUGUCGGGCAUGCAAAAAAGAUGUGAUGCAGCCCUCUGCAACUAUGUUCAAUGCCCAAAAUACCCUGUUUACAUGAUUGUAAGUUGACUCGAAUCUAGUUUGACCUCCCCAAAAAUCGCAA